UUCGGCAAAACUGUAAUUUAUAGUUGGCUUCUGCAAAAAUUAAUAUAAGAAAAGUGAUUGAAAAUGGCACACGCACCUUAUACGAAUAACGAUUCUACGAUGGUGGACGAUAAUACCAACAUUGAAAUGACUCCGUUCGUAUGGGAAAUAUGGGCCGUGUCCGAUUAUAUACCUUUCGAUGAGGAAACAUUUCUUCCUCAACUAACUGUGGGCGAUGAAGUGUGGGUUAAAAAAGACACCGCUGGGUAUUCGCACGUAACUUUGUACAUUGGCCGAGGAAAGGUGGUACAUGUAACCGAAGUCGAUAAAACGGGAUUCUUUCCCGGCAAGACUCGGGUGGCGAAAGAUCCGUUGACCAGUGUAGCUAAGAAUCGUUUAGUUGGCCUUCGGAAAACACAUGCCACACCGGAAGAACAGGUGGCUAUUGUGGAAAGAGCUAUUGAAGAUAUAGGCAAAACAUUUCCUUACGUUUUGACGAGCGAAAAUUGUGAACAUCAAGUUAAAUAUUGGAUCAGCGGUCGGCAAGACUACAACAUGACCAUUAGUACCCAAGUCAAAGACUUUCUGGUAAUAGGAGGCAUUUUCAGUUUGAUUGGACUAGCUGUAGCAGGCACUCUCUGUGGUGUUUUUCUACAGAACGUAUUUUUAAUCGUUGGACUAACAUUGGGAGCUGGAAUUGGUUUUGCAAUCCUUGGGAUUGGUCUCAAGUAUCUUCUUACCACUUUCGAGCACAGGACGUGGUGUUAUUGAGCCUCUCCCUAGGCAUUUCUAGCGAAAUCAAAUUCAUAGAUUCCAAACAUGAUGUACAUGACAACAGAACACCGAAUAAACUUAUUUUCUAGAU